UACAUCAAAUAUAGCCUAUUGUUUUCACGACAUGUUUUUGUAUCUAGGCUACAGAAACUGCGGUCUGCUGGAAACACAGGGCGGAGCUUUAGCGCCUACUUUUUUUGUUUUGAUGCAUUUUUGUCUGGAAGCCUAUUGCUUGUAGUCUGUCGAGUACUAAGCCGAUUCUAUUUCAAGGGUAGCGAGUCGAAACGGGACAUCGAGACCAUGAUUAAACGACCCGCCGGAAACUUUGCACUCUGGGCACAUUGAGAGCAGUAAGAAAUCACGCCAGGAAUUCAUCGGGGAGCAAGCAGUAAACUAUAAACAUGUAAUUGGAGGACUGUUCCCGAUAAAAUAAUUUGACAACUUUCUACGGAUGCAUGCUACUGUCAUCGUGGGUUUUUUAUAUUUACUGAAGUGGGUAGUUAGGCUACUGGAGGACACACCAAAUUCGUUUAGGUCUUGAGGUGUUUUUCAAUGAUCAUCUCUCCAGCCUUAAUGUCGGUUAAAGAAAAUCCCUCCAACAACAGAAGUAAAGCAAUAUCUACAAACAUGUCCCCCAUCGCAAUCACUAUGAGAACCUUAUGACUUUGGAACGCACGGGUUAGUUUUCUUCGUCAGGGAUACUUGAGCUACCACAGCCCUGGGGCCGGAAAUGGAGGUGGAGCCGAAGCAGGAGCGGGCGAACCAAAGCAAGGCCGACGCUGUUAAGAGUGACCAGGAGGAGUACGACGCGACGGUCUCUGGCCACACCUGUGGCCUCUGUGGACGGGGCUUCCCUCUCCUGAGCUCGCUGUCCCAGCACAUGCGCAGGCACACUGGGGAGAAGCCCUACAAGUGUCCCUACUGUGAACACCGGGCUGCUCAGAAGGGCAGCCUGAAAGCCCACAUCCGCAGCCACAAGCUGGGCCUGCUCAACCGGAGCCUGGGCAAGUUGGACUGUGAGGAGGGGGUUGGGGAGCAAGGACAAACACAGGGGGACCCUAAGAAACUGGAUAGUCCCGCCGACAACCUCGCCAAUGGCACCUCGGCCAAGAAGCACAAAGUCAAUGGCAAGAUGAAAAGCUCCAAGAAGAAAGGCGAAGAAGCAGUCAUCCAGAAUGACGGCAAGGAGGACGAGCCGCAAACCAUGACUGAGGGCGACUCACUUCCGGGAGGGACCUUCUGGGUGGACAAUGGGGACGGUGAGGGUUCCUUUCCCUGUGGCUCUUGCAGCCAGGUCUUCCCCCAGGCCCUGCUCCUCAAGGCCCACAUGAAGAAGCAUCGAGGCUCCCUGGACCACGGUUGCCGCAUUUGUGGCCGGCGCUUCCGCCAGGCCUGGUUUCUCCAGAGCCACAUGCGGAUUCAUCGGGCCAAGAGCCAGCUGCGGGGUGGGAGUGGCGACAGCAGUGAGUCCCAGACCACCCUCAACGGGGUCCCCCGGGAGCCGGCGUCCCUGGUGAACGAGGACUGUCUCUACGAGCUGUGUGCCGGCUGCGGCAACUUCUUCUACGACCGCAAGACCCUCCGGCUGCACGAGAGGGUCCACAAGCAGAGUCACACCCCCAGCAAGCCGCCGCAGCAAGACCCCGGCAACAGCUUGCCGUCACCCGCCGCCAAGAGGCGCUUCCUGGAAUGCCUUAACCUCAGGGCAGCCGGGGCUGGAGAGGUAGCUAUAGAGGGGAGUCUUGGAAGACGGAUCCCCGAGCUGGACCCGGUAUGCAGUUACCAGGCCUGGCAGUUGGUCACCAGAAGAUGUGUGGUAGAGGUGACAGAUAAAAGCCUAGGCUGGGAGGAGAGGCUGGUGGAUGCCGAGGUGGCGUUUGCCCGGGAGAAGGGCGAGUAUGUGCCUCUGAAACAGGAGAAGCGGAAGAGGCAGCUGGACUCCUCCCAAAGAAAGAAGAAGAAAGGGGCCCAGGAUGUUGUCAUUAAUGGUGGCAGCGGUGGGAUCUCCCACCAGCAGGGUGACAGUAGAAAUAGCCGCACCUUAUUGAAUGGGCUCAGCCCAGAGACGUUUGGGAUAUUGCAGAAAAAGGUGAAAUAUGGCCAUCAGUCCAUCAAGCCAGCCACUAAAUCAAACUCUGCCAGUCAGCCCAGCACACCAAGACUAGAAGAUUCUCUAUCUUCCUCUUCCAUAAAGAGGAAUAGUAUCAAGGACCCAACCUAUGAAGAUACCAAGCCAUACCUCUGCGAGCACUGUGACUUCCACACCAGUGACCCCUCUUCCUUCACAUCCCACAUGCACAAGCACCACAAGGACGUCAGGGAUGCACAUCAUCACAUACUGGGAGCUAUUAUGGAAGAACCAAGCCACGACGCUCCCAAGGCCUCAGGUUAUGUGGAAUAUCUCCGGCUGAAGAGCACACUGCUCAGCCAGCCCUACACAAAUCCCUACGUCUGUCCUCCUGGCCAGGAGAGGGCGGCAUCAAGCUGCCAGUCAGAGAAGUCGAGGAGCCUAAAAGUCAAAGGGCAAUCCUCUCAGGAUGCCAUCAUCUACGCCAGUCUCCUCAACCUGUCUGCCCCGCCCGAUGGCCAGGAGGAGGAUGGUGGUGUGAAUCCUGUGGCAGCAGCGUCUGAGGGUAAGCUGGUCAGACACCAGUGUCCGUUCUGCUCCCACACAACCCAUUACGUGGAGGUGCUGUGGAUCCACCAGCGUGUGGCCCACAGGGUGGAUAGUGGCAGCUCCCUGGCCCCCAAGUGGGCCCCAUGCGUCACCGGCUUCAAGGGCCCCAAGGCUGCUGGACGGCGCACAGGGCCCCCGCCCUUUCUGGAGGGCAAAGACUGCCCGGCACUCUCAGUCCCCCGGGCCCAGCGCACACAAGCCCCAGGUUCCACCGCCACACAUCCUUCAGGAGGAGGCACCAAGAGGCCAAAGACCCACACAAGCAGUACAACUACUACUUCCCAGCCCAACACCAACCAGGCCAUGGUGUCAGUGUCGCGUACCUCUACAAGGUUUCCCCCUGGUGGUGGGAAGUCACUCCUACCUCAAAAAAAGAAGUCGAGCCGCCCAACCCAUAUGGAGGAGGUGGCAAAUAAGAGCGUCCGAUCUAAAACGAAAGCCCACCCCAAAGCUCCUGCCGCCACCACCACCGCCUCAACCAUCAUUCAAGGCUUCUCCCAGCAGUCGUCAAGCAGCCCCAAAACCGGACAUUAUCGGGCGGCUGCCGAGGGAAGGCUGCUUCCACAAGAGGGCCUCGGCUUUAUUCUCGCCAGGAACCAUGGCUGGGCCGACCACGCGUCCCAUCUUACCCCAGACAGAACUCACCUCCACCCCCAGCCCCACCCACACUCCCACAGACGUCCACGGGAUCCACCUGCAGCCCUGAAAGGUCAAGACCUUUGGUCAGUCACAAACAUGUUUGGGGCGGAGGGCAGCAGCGGGUACCUGGCACCCACCACCCUCCUCGGCCACGGGAAGAGGGAGUCGACUGCUGUGAACAGCAGAGACACCCCGAUGGACAUGGGCAUCUUGGGUCUGUUGAAGAACUACAGCCCCCACGAGCUGGCAGCUCUCUACCAGCACUGGGGCUUUGUAGAUCCCAGGUUUGACCCACAAGGGACACUGCAGUACAAUGGACAUUUUGAAAACGAAGUCCAUUCCUCCACAGAGGCCUCCAAACAAGUAAUCGGCUGUUCCGCUACUUCAACAGCCUCUCUCAGGAAGGGGACAUGAGAACUCCACAUGCCACAUGCCCUGAAAACUCCACUUCCCAAAAUGCAUUGUUGCAAAAUGAAAGGCCUGCAGUCUCUCACAGGAACCAAGCCAUGACUACAGGAGCUCUUCACUUUAGGGGCCCAAUUGUCUCAAGGGACACUCUUUGUUUACAACUAACUAAUCCACCCGGACAAAAGGAGUUACCAUAACAUGCGGACGUGACAGAGUGGAAAUUCUUCCCCAACUGGAGUGUACACUCACAACCGUCUGCACUGUAACUCAACAAGCACCGUCAAUGUGUCGGACCCAGAAAGGCUAAGGCAUUUCUGCAUCCAGAGCAACAGAACUUCUCAGGAAGGCAGUAGCGAUGCACUGAACCAUCUGCUACGUCACCCACUGGGCUUAGAUCACAGGAGGUUGGUGGCACCUUAAUUGGGACAGACUGGUUCAUGGUAAUGGCUGGAGCAGUAUAAGUGAAAUGGUAUCAAAUACAUGAUUUCCAUGUGUUUGGUGCCAUUCUGUUCGCUCCGUUCCAGUCAUUAUUAUGAGCUGUCCUCCCCUCAGCAGCCUCCACUUAGAUGUUUCUGUGGUGAAAGUAUACUGAUUUAGAGAUGGUGCAGUUGGGUUAGAUAACUGAUCCUAAAUCAGUUGUUAAAUGGCAGGAAACCAGGAUCCCCCAGGAAGUUUUAUGUAACCUUUAAACCCUUUAAAUCCAUGUCAGAGAAAAAAAAAAGCAAAGACUGAAACUUUCAUGUUAUAGCCCUCCAGAGAAUUGUUAGAAAAGGGUGAAGUAAUCAGAUUGGUAUGUGUAUUUGUUUUAGUCAUCUGUUUAUUUGAGCUUUUGGCACUUUUUUUCUGUGGUAUUUGGAAACGGUUUGGAUUGGUCAGGUCAGCCAGCUCACACCAGCAAUGUUACUACCUACCUUUUAAAGCUGGAAUCCUUAAUGGUGAAACCACCACGUCCGUUUGUGAUAUUACCACGGCAAAGAAGUUUUCCCUCGGACAUUGCGCGAUGCUCCCCAGGCUCUGCUUCGUCCCAAAAAACGAAAACUAUAACAAAGGCUGUGGGGCGGACAGUUUCCUCAACUUAUUACUCCGUCUUUAAGCAACAAUAAUGAGGCAGCUGUUUGUGACUUACCAGCCAUCUCCAGCCAUGUUUACACGAACAGCAAGCAUGCUAGACUCUGUUGACCUGGGAUGUGGUGGAGGGUAAAUGCACGUAAACGUCGGCAGGUAGCCUCGGCAGGUAGCCUCGAGGUUAGACUGUUGGGCCAGUAACAGGGGACGCAAGCAGAGAGAGGUUAGUGCAGUGUUUCCCAAACUUGGGGUCGGGGCCCUAUGUGGGUUCCCCUGAGAAAAUCUGUACUAAUAUUAUUAAACAACUUUUAAAAACAAAAACAUAUUGUUCAUUAUUUCCCCAUGUCCUACAUUCCCUAUAGGCCUACAUUAAAAUGCCAUCAACAUGCAAACAAUACAGUUAUGAAAAUAGGUUAUAGUUUGUAUAGGUGGUUGUUUGUCUUAUCUCGAUCGCCCACUAGAGGUCAUGGUUUAACCACCUUUUUUUUUACCUCUACAUCACAGCUUCUGACUAGCACCUAGAUGGAGUAUGUGUGUUCUAUUUUAGUUCUGUUGCGUUAAGUCUAUGUCCACUCAAGUUGAUAUCCCAACGUUGAAAGACUGGAUUCUCCGUGUUAAAAUGAAAUAGAUUCCAUCGCUAGGGAACACUGACGAUGCGGAACAUGUUUCUCAGACCUCAGAAAAUGGUGUUCUGUUGAGAAUUUUUUUUUUUUGUGUGUUCUGUUCUGAUAAUUCCACUUCCCAGGCCAUCUGAUCCAGUUGGAACUUAAAAUGAAUCCAGAAUGAAUGGAAAAGAAAAGCACUAUGUAACUUACAGAUUUGCAGCGCUUCAUGAGUAUAGUUGGAUCGACACAACCAACGGUUGUGAACUUGAACAGAAGGCCACUUUUGAGGUUUGAGAACAGAAAAUGUCUGAGAAGGUAGAUGUGCAGUUUGACUCCAUGAAAAUCACGACUCUUCACUGAGGAGGAUUGUGGGUUCGGUCUUGGACUGUCUGUGUUUAGUUCCUUUUUGCAGUGUUUUAUUUUGGUGUUUUGCUGAAUCACUGGGUAUCUCUGUCUUAGAAAUGGCUUCUGCAGUGUUUUCAAGUUAUUUUAGCUGCCCACAAGGAAGGAAAGCCAUACAUGUUAAACAGUACCAAUCUGAUGUAUUUACUUCGUUAUUUAUCAAAUAUUAUAUGAUAGUUAUCCACCUUGAUCGAUUGUCGUAUGUAAAAAAAAAUAUAUAUAAUUUAUGAUUUGAAGUCAAUUAUAAAAUGGCCGACUUUUGUAAUAAGAAAAGGUUGGUGCUUUAGAGGGACGUAUUUCUCAGAAUGCUUCAUGAAGACUAGCUGUGUUUGUUAAUGGUGCUCAGAUAUUCUUUUAGGACUUUAGAUGGUGGGGUUGUAUUUUCAAAGUAUUUAUAUGGCACAAUACCUGUUAGUACAAAUAAAACUUGCUAUAUUUA